AUGAUCGGAACGUCUACUGCUGAGUACUUCUUUAUUCGGGUUUGCAUCCUAUUUCUUCGCAACAUUGUGCCGAUCAGUACUUUAUACACAGUUCACUUACUCGUCGUUCAAUUCUUUCACCGGCCAACUUAUCUCGGACGCAUACCCUUCUCUGUUCAUACUUGGCUCACUGCAGAGGCAGUCUUUUUCAUCACUGUCUUCGUACCACUCAAAUAUAUUCUUCACCAUUCUCCUAUCUUCCACAGGCCUUUGUCUGCGGAGCUCAGGGAGAAAUUGUUUAGGUGCUGCAAUAGGAAUGUGCCAAAUCUGGAGAGAUAUCUCAGCCAGUGGCUUAUGGUCUCAGAUGCUCAAUACAUCAAGCGUGAUAACGUGAAAGACUUUAUCAGAUGGGCAUUCUUCAAACCUGGAUAUGCGCAGGGUUUGGACCAGCAGAAUGAGGAGGAACUCGAGACCUAUACAGCAGAAGUUGAGCAGCUGAUGGAGCGAAAAUUGUCACCGGGAAAGAUGGAUUGCGUUUUUGUGGUUGACACAACAAUGUACUACAAGAUGUUGUACAAUGGAUUCCAUUUCCAUCGCAAUUCGCUGUCGCAAUUCUUUACCGUAUUCCCAUUCCGCCCUUUGACAAUUUUCACUGUCCACAGAUCACCGGCGCGUCAUCUCACAUAUUGGCAUCGACGGCAUACAUCCAAAAAUCGGCUACCCGUGCUAUUUAUACAUGGUAUCGGAAUUGGUCUGUACCCUUACAUGAACUUCCUCCGAGACCUUAACAGUGAACUACGGAUGGGAGGAACAGAUGAUAGUGAGGUUGGCAUCAUCGCACUUGAGAUCAUGCCGGUCAGCUCUCGGAUAACUCAUCCAGCUCUGGAAAAGGAUGUGAUGAUCUGUGAGAUCAUGAAGAUUAUGCAGUAUCAUGAGUGGAGCAGAUUCGUGCUUGUGUCUCAUUCUUUUGGUUCCAUAAUCGCUUCACACCUUCUCAAGUCCGAUCGAUUUUCUUCGCUCAUCGGGCCUACGGUCUUUAUUGAUCCAGUGUCAUUCCUCCUCCACUUGCCUGACGUGGCAUACAACUUCAUAGCCCGCCGGCCAGCCCGGGCCAAUGAAUAUCAGCUGUGGUAUUUUGGAAGUAAGGAUAUAGGAGUUGCACAUACGUUGGCAAGGAGAUUCUCCUGGAUUGACAACAUCAUUUGGAAGGAAGACCUUGGGAUAAAGGCCAAAAACGACCAACAGGAGGGUAGAAAUGUUACAGUCGUUUUGUGUGGGAAGGAUUUGAUUGUGGACACCGAAACAGUGGGACAGUACUUGAUGGGUUCAUCGGGAAAUCGGACAGUUGACAAUGGAGUAGCACAAGAGUGGAAAAACAAAUCCUGGAUUGGGUACGGGCUUGAGCUGCUGUGGUUUGAGGAGUUAGAUCAUGCUCAGGUUUUUGAUUUUGAGAAUACUAGGCGGCGAGUUAUUAGGGCAAUUGCUGUAUCUUCAAACACACGCUGA